CACACUCACUCAUAUAGACACACACACACACACAGCUGUUGAGGGCAAGGAAACUCUACUGAAGUCUACCGGAGAGCUAAGCUGAGGAUUUUCAUUAAAGAAGACUCGAAUGGGAUCUCUAGGAGCCUGAUUGCUGCUUUCAAGCCACAGGUCAAGUCUGUCUUGUGUCUGGUGUUUCAGACGGUAGACAGAUCAAGGAGGCUGUACCUGGAAAGCAAGCGUGGCCUGGAGGUUACUGACAGCAACCUGAGGAGAGCCGACGGAGUGUGGAUAAAAUAGACCAGACCUUUGCCCCUCCCUAACUCUCAUCUCCCAACCCUUGUCCCCAAGCCCCUACCCCCUCCAGACCAACCCACAGCUCAGUGUCAGAGGCUAGACUUCACCCACUGGCCAGAGUAACUCAGCUUUUCUUGCAUUAACUCAGACACACGGACUGGCCCAUGCCCAGAGGGUCCUCAGUUGUGGCAGUAGCAGCAAUGGAAGCCCCAACCCUGGCUGAGAUGGGAGACCUGUGUCCCCCCGUGUCCUCCUCUCCAGAGGGGGAAACGGUGUGUGCAGCUCUGGCCCGUUAUGAAAACACCCUCCGGGAUGCCAUCCGAGAGAUCCACGUGGAUGUCAGCGCUUUUAAGCUAGGCAUGGAACGCCGUCUGGAGGAGACGGCCAACCUGAGUGGGCCUCUGGGUCGGGCGGUCGCUCAGCUCCAGCAGGAGAACCGGCAGCUCAAAGUGCAGCUGGAGGCUCUGACACGACAGGUGGAGCUCCUAACUGGAAUGACGUGUGACCGUAACACCUUACUCAACAACAACCACAACCAGAGUAACCACAGCCAAAACCACAAGAGCCACCAUAAUGACGUUCAGGUAAACCACCAGGAGGCUGGGGAGGUGAUCCACGGAAAGGGCCAGGCCCACACUCAGAGCCACAGCCAGGCUCAUCUCCACGUCCAGCCCCAGACCCAGGGAAGCCAAGCCCAGACCCAUAGCGCCCCCACAUCCCCCCCUACCACUUUCACGUCCUCCCCUGGCUCCGGCAGUCCUAACGCAAGCCCCAGAGUUUCCUCUAUGGUGACUGGCCCGGUGUCCAGCAGCAGCCCCUCCACCGCCCGCUUCUCCAGCCGUGCCACCUUUGCCGUGUCCAGCAAGACCAACAGUAUCGAGCGAGAGGAGCCAAUAGAAGUGGAUCCACAUCCUGGACUGGAGAAUGGACACUCUGCCGCCACAGAAAACUCCAUGUCAUUACAUGGGAAGAUCUCUCCACCCCAUGACUUUCCACAUGAGCACACGGCCCCAGUUGCCAUGCGGAUGCCCCACCUCCCCAUCACUGCCACAACCAAGAUGGCUGAAAUCAAGAACCCCGACUCUCCCAGCAGCCCGACUGGUUCCCAGUCCCCACCCGCGUCCGAGGCCUCACCUCCCGGCCAAUCAGCUGCUAACAACAACUAUCCUCAGCCAAUAGCAGAGUGUCCUAAUCAACCAGUGUCAUCUGUGAAGACAUGGACUCCCACACCGAUUAGAGCUUUGGGAUCUCCACGACUUCAAGAGAAGGCAUACUCGGCCCCUGCUAAGUCAGUGACCUAUUCAGGGCUACCGCAGCAUGACAGAGUCGGCGAUGUAAGCGGCGACAGGUCCUUUGGUCCGGGGGCAGAGAGGAGGCGGGAGCUGGUGAGGUCACAGACUCUGCCCCGCAACAUCGGCGCUCAGGCCCGCCGAUCCAUCUUCGAGAGACUGGACUCGGAGGCCAGUAACAGCCGUCCCAAGCCGGUGGACUCCAAACCCAAGCUGAAGCGAUCUCAGAGUUUUGGAGUGUCCAGCGCCAGCAGCAUCAAACAGAUCCUCCUGGAGUGGUGCCGCUCCAAAACCAUAGGAUACCAGAACAUCGACAUCCAGAACUUCUCGUCCAGUUGGAGUGAUGGGAUGGCUUUCUGUGCUCUGGUCCACUCCUUCUUCCCCACCGAGUUUGACUACAACUCUCUGUCGCCCGCCAACCGCAAACACAACUUCGAACUGGCCUUUGGAACCGCAGAAGUGAAGGCAGGCUGCGACCGGCUGAUCGAGGUGGACGACAUGAUGAUCAUGGGCCGUAAACCGGACCCCAUGUGCGUCUUCACCUACGUCCAGUCCCUCUACAACCACCUGCGCAAGUUUGAGUGAAGAUCCCACAGAGGACGAGGAUCUCCGCUCGGCGUCCUCCUGCUUGUCGCUCACUUCCACAGCCGACUUCACUUUCACAGCCUCCUCUCCACUGUCAGGCCUGCAGGGAUCCUUCAGUCUCAGCUGGCUUGGGUGCACUUUGAAGGGACUAGGCUGCCCCCUGGUGGCACAAAGAGAGAGAACAUUUCCUCCUCAUGGCUGCAGGAGUGUCUCCACAGUGCCUUGCUCAUGGGUGAGGCGCCUCUGUCCACAUGUACACGAUGGAUAUUAACACACGGGGAGAAGACUGUGCUUGUGUGUACUUUUUUUUUUUUUUUUAACUUGUUCACAGUUAUGAAGAUGAAUUUGAACACAGAUGUCAGGGUUUGUUUAUAGAUUUUUGUGUAUGAGGUGUGUUGGUGUGUGUGUGUGUGUGUGUGUGUGUGUUUUAGAAAGAGUGGAAAUAUAGCAGUGUUGUAUAAUUCUUUAUUAUCACCAUGCUUGUUUGAGAAAGUGUGGCAAUUAUACCAUUUAACACUGCACCAACUAAAUGGGGAGGAGGCGCUUUUCACAAAUUUUAUGAUAUGAAAUUUUAGGUCUCACGGAAGAACUAAAAUGUAGACAGUUGUUUUUGAUAGACACUUGAUUAUGAAUUCUUUUAUCAUGAAGCAGAAUGUACGCUGGGGCAGAAUAUCAGUGAAAUACUGUAGAGAAAAUAAAAUGAUGUGUUUUUAAAAAUGCAACCGGCUGCAGAAUGGCAAAACAUUUACAUCCAAGUGCUGUGACAUUGUGUUAUUAAUGUGACGUUAAGAUAUGGAUACUGAAAUCAAUAAACUGUACU